CAAAAUCGUAUAAAAUCGCUCGUCCGAAUUCUUGUCAGUAUAGUUCAUCAACAGUUCUUACAAAGACAACUUGUCCAGGACUCAACCAGUCAUCAAAAAUGAAGGCCUUCAUCGCUCUGUUCGUUGCAACUUUGGCCGUUGCCGCCCAAGCUGGAUAUGUCCCGUCGGCGUGGCCUGCAGUGUCCACCUACGGCGUGGACUCGUGGAACGGCUGGAACGGACUCAACUCCUGGAACGGUCUCAACUCCUGGAAUGGUCUGAUCAGCUACCCGUACGGAGUCAACCAGUGGUCCUCGGCGGCGGCGUGGCCAGCGACCUACUCCAACGGCUACACCAACAACUGGUACGGACUCGGUGGCAAGACCAUUGUCCAGGCCAACGUUGCCAAGGUCAGCCCGUGGGGACUUCCGCUGGCGUCGUCGUACGGCUACGGAUACAACAACUACCUGGGAGCAGCGAUUCCGGCGGCCAAGUACGUCGCUGCCAACCCCGGAUCGGUCCAUGUGGCCCCGCUGGUCGGACAUGCCAUCAACCAGAAGCUGAUCGUGGCUUGAGAUUGACUGUGUAAUUGGAUUGUGAUUGAAUAAAGAAAAUUUGGUGUGUUUUCAUUUUCAGUUGAA